AAGCCAGGAACAUCCAGCCUAUUAUACGCCGACUCCAGAGACAAGGGAAAUGGACAUCUUGGCUGUCGUAUUGCUGCUUACUGCUGUGAACUUAGCAGUGUCCAGGAAGCCCAUCUGUCCCACAAACGCCACCUCCUGCAGUGAGUGCAUCACCGCCAAUGUCAGGUGCGCGUGGUGCAGCGAGGGAUAUUUUCGAGAACCUCGAUGCUUUCCCUUUAAUAAGCUGAAGAAGGGUUCAACUUGUUAUGAAAAACACAUUGUGUCGCCGGAACGGAUCUUCACGACAAUUAGAAAGGCCCGUGAGAUCAGGCGAAACCGUCCCAUUACACCACAGCUUGUUAACCUCCAUUUGAGACGAGGUGCCAAAGCGAACAUUCCUUUCCGUGUUAAAGCCAAGAAGACACCGGUGAUUAUGCGGUUUCGCUACCCGCGAGGAGUGAGGGUUACAGUACAGGCUGACUGUGAAGGAUUUGAAUGGAAGAAGAAAAUCGCGAAAUGCCCGACAUCAAAUGGAAAUGUGGUGAAUGUUACUAUGACGGUCCAAAUGAAGAGGUGCCUCCCUAAACCAAAAAAGAUCAAGGUGAUUGUUGGCAGCUUUAAAAAGAGGCCCCUGAAGGUUCUCCUCACCUCGGUGUGUCGUUGUGACUGCGAAAAACCAGACGAAGCUGUCAUCGAGUCGGUAGUGUGCCACAAGCAAGGAACGUACGCGUGUGGGCUUUGCUCUUGUAAUGAAGGCAGGUAUGGAGAUAACUGUGAGUGUGGCGGCAGGGAUCAGUGCAUUGCCCGAGGUAUGACUGAGGAGUGCUCUGGUCGCGGCACGUGCUUCUGUGGAAGAUGUCAGUGUAACUCGAUAUCCAGCACCAGUCCUGCGAGAUACUCAGGACGGUUCUGUCAGUGUGACGACACAGCAUGUGUGUAUCACCAGGGAGAAGUUUGUGGAGGAAGAGAUCGUGGGUUGUGUAAAUGCGGCAAGUGCGUUUGCUUCCCUGGCCACAGGGGGCCAAGUUGUGAGAUCAGCAUGGCUGUCGACCGGUGCAGAAACCCAGAAACUUCGAUGUUGUGUAGCGGGCUUGGCCGCUGUGUUGAUAACGUAUGUGAAUGCGAAGAAAGGCUUGAGCCAGUAACUGGUAAGCAGAGGAUAAGCGGCCAGUACUGCCAGUGUGACAGCGGAUCCUGCGACUACUUUAAUGGAAUGAUCUGUGGUGGUCGUGGACGCUGUUCGUGUGGUCAGUGCAUCUGCAACGACGGCUUCAGCGGGGAAGACUGCAGCUUCGACAUGUCUGUUGAUAAAUGCAAAAGUCCCGCUACAGGGCUGAUCUGCAAUGGCCACGGGGACUGUGUCAGUAACCGGUGCAUGUGUGAGCGUCCCUAUGCCGGGCCCUGGUGCGAGGAAUGUCCGACGUGUCCAGGCCAGUGCCAGAUGUUGAAGGACUGUGUCAUGUGCUUCGCGUUUAGUAGCGGUCCGCUCCACCAAGACGCUUGCCAACAACGGUGCCAGCACCUAAAAAUAGAGGUGGUCGAUGAUGUUGCGGUGAUGGAGCGUGGUGGUCCAAACUAUCGAAUGUGUCUACUCCGGGAUGAGGACACGUGUCUGUUUAAGUUCGCAUACGUCGCCAGUGGCCAUAUGCGGGUUCGUGUUGAGAGAACCAGAAUGUGCCCGUGACAACUGCUUCUCGCCAUGCAGCUGUACACAGCUGGAGAAACAACUAUCAUCAGCUGUAGGCCGUGCAAAGUUGGCACAGGUGCAGCCACAAAAAUGUACUAUACCAACAUGUACUGUAUAGACUUUGUGUCUUAUAGCAGGAAACUGAGAGCCUUGUGCUUCCACUUACCUCGGCUUCCAAUUUUCUCUGAUCUACUCACAACCCUCUAUAGAUGGCUUCAGUUUAAAAAAAAUCUUUUUAUUACCCGAUAUUGGUGAAAGUUGCUUGGUUAUUUUAAUAAUGUUUCUGGGGUCUCAUUCUUUUGUAUCUAAACUGAAUCAGCAGAUAAAGGUUCGUCUAAAUGUCGUCAAUUUGCUUGUACUGCAGCAAAACACCCAAAUUCUAUUAUGUAAGAAAACUCCCUUUGAACUAUGUAAAUGAAUGCAUUAUAAUGAUACAACAA